CUCCUUCAGGAGGAAGAAGAACUGUCGCUAUAACCAUCUCCUCCCUCUCUCUUUUCAAUUCCUCCCUAUAAAUACGCCCAAAUGUCUCCAGCUUUUGCUUCACCAUAAACAAAUUCGAUCACGAGCACGAGCACGAAUACAGAACACACUUGAACCGUAGAGUCGAGCUGAAUCGAGAGAAGAAGAUGACAGACGCAGGAGUUUCUUGCGAGAUCAGCGAGCCGCGCAUGGUGGCCAGGAAGUUCUUGGCAAGGCCUCAGCACGAAGGCGUGGGAGCUGUCGUCAGGAGAAGCAUUGGCCGGUUUGAGCUGAGAUAUUUCGACCCUUUUCUUGUCUUGGACGAAUUUUCAGUGACCGCUCCCGCUGGAUUUCCAGACCAUCCGCACAGAGGAUUCGAGACCGUCACCUACAUGUUACAGGGAUCCGUGACACACGAAGAUUUCGAAGGGCACAAGGGGACGAUUGGACCCGGUGAUCUACAGUGGAUGACGGCGGGAAGAGGGAUUGUCCAUUCCGAGAUGCCCGCAAGUCAAGGAACUCAAAAGGGGUUACAGCUCUGGAUCAACCUCUCCUCCAAACACAAAAUGAUCGAACCAAAGUACCAAGAGAUAUCAGGCAAAGACAUUGCAGAAGCUACAGAAGAUGGUAUCAAAGUGAGGGUCAUAGCAGGAGAGGCUCUAGGAGCCAAAUCCCCAAUCUACACAAGAACACCCACCAUGUACUUGGACUUCACUCUUAAGCCAGGGGCUCACCUCCAACAGCCAAUACCCACCUCGUGGAACGCCUUCGUCUACGUCCUCGAGGGCGAGGGCGUCUUUGGAAUCCCGAAAUCCUCGCCUGUGACGGCCCACCACCUCCUCCUCCUCGGCCACGGAGAUGGGGUUGAGGUGUGGAACAGAUCCAGCAAGCCCUUGAGGUUCAUCUUGGUCGGAGGCGAGCCGUUGGGCGAGCCCGUGGUGCAGCUCGGGCCGUUUGUGAUGAACACUCAGGAAGAGAUCGAUCGAACGAUAUAUGAUUUUGAGAAUUGUGUCAAUGGAUUCGAGAAGGCAAGGCAUUGGAGGAGAUCGGAUUUUUAGCUAGCUUAUGAUCGAGAAAUCGAGGAUUAAUUGGAGCCUUUUUUUUUUUUUAGGUACAAGGAAAAAAUCAUGCUGCUUCUUAGAAUUGUAUAUUGAUUUGAAAUUUGUGGUGAUUCAUUUGUGAUUUGAAAAAAUUGUAUCCGUAACGAUUUAUUUUAUUUUAAUUUUGGAGUUGAGAUGCUUCUUUGAUCUUGCCUAUAUGAAGACUCUUUAUCAUCAAUCUAAUGAGAUUUUCUAAGAA